GUCAGAGAAGCCCAACUGGGAUUACCAUGCAGAGAUACAAGCUUUCAGCCACCGGGUACAUGAGAAUUUUUCUUUGGGUCUUCUCAAGACUGCAUUUGUCAAUUCUUGUUAUAUUGAAAGUGAAGAGGCAAGACGCCAAGAACUUGGGCUAGACAAAGAAACGGUUGUUCUUAAUCUGCAAGAUAAUAGUGGACUUGCUGAGCAAGGGGAGUCUUUUUCACGUUCUUACCUGACACAGUGCUUUGAAGGUGCCUACCCAGAUUUACCUGCAAAGGGGAUAGGAGCACUCGUUGAUUUUCUUACCAGUCAGGAACUUGUUUCUUAUGUGGCUCGAAACCUGGCUAUACAGGACCUGACGCUUUGCAGAGAGUUUCCCGUCCCACCAGCUGUACUACAGAGGACGUUCUUUGCUGUGAUAGGAGCCUUGCUCGAUAGCAGCGGGCCUGAGAAAACAGGGAUCUUUGUCAGGGAUUUUUUUAUUCCCCAGCUGAUUGGAAAAGACCUGUUUGAGAUCUGGGAAGUUGUAAAUCCUAUGGGCUUACUAGUGGAAGAGCUGACCAAGAGGAAUAUCUCUUCUCCAGAACCAAGAAUUACCAGGCAGCUGGGAGUCAGCACAGUUCUGCCACUGUACUUUGUUGGGUUGUACUGCAAUAAGAAGAUGAUAGCUGAAGGUCCUGGUGAAACGCUGCUUGCUGCAGAGGAGGAGGCUGCCCGCGUGGCGCUGCGGAAGCUCUAUGGGUAUACAGAGAACAGGAGACCUUGGGAUUACUCGAAACCCAAACAAGGAGUGGCAGCUGAAAAGGCAAUCAGCAGUAAUUAG